AAAGGGGCAAGGCCGUUACUCAAUUGCCAAACCAAUCACAAUCUUCAACAGCAGUCUGUGUGGGUGACAGUGAGAGUAUAAACACACCGGUGAGCAGAGGGAUAACAGACACAAGAGACCAGCAUCACCAUCAACUGACUCAAGAACAAACCCAGACCUGAAGAGCCAUGAAGACUCUGAGUCUCCUGAGUGUCUGCGCUCUGCUGUCUGUCUGCGCAUCUAUGGGAGUGUACACAGAGGCCGAUCCCGCAGAUGAACCUGCAGCCGAGGUGGUGCUUCCUCCAACCGGAGCUCCAGCUGAUUCUGACUCUUCCUCAGCAUCCUCAUCUGCCUCAGACUCCGACUCCGCUUCCUCUGAGUCCGACUCCACAUCUGACUCCGCAUCCGACUCUGCAUCUGACUCCGCGUCUGAUUCCGCAUCAGAUUCUGCCUCAGAUUCUUCAUCUUCCUCAUCUGAAUCAAACUCUGUCAGUGCUGAAGGAACUCCUGCCCCUCACGUACUGCUGAAGAGAGACGUGGCUGCUUCACUGCUGCGCCACCGGAGAGCCGGAGCUCCUGCAGCCAAACUGAGUCUUCAGCAGCUGGAGAGUUUGCGAGAGGUCUGUGAAGUGAAUCUGGCCUGUGAACACAUGGCUGAAACCGCUGGGAUCAUAGCGGCUUAUACUGCAUAUUAUGGACCAAUCCCUUACUAACACACACACACACACACACACACACACACACACACACACACACACACACACACACACACACACACACACACACACACACACACACACACACACUUUUACUUAGCUAUCUAAAUGGGGACAUUAGAUAGACUUCUACAGUUUUUAUAUACAGACAGUUAUAGAUUUUAUAACCCAAACCCAACCCUAACUUUCUGUUUUAAAAAAACAACAAAAAAAACCUUUGUUUACUUUAAUUUUAUACAAGUUUGAGGACAUCCCCAAAGGUGAUUUUGCCUGCUUUUGGGUACAAAAGUGUCCCCAAAAUAUGAUUAAGGAGGCACAUAAACACUCUGAAACACACAC